UUGCACCUCACUCACCCUUGCCUUGGCUGCCACAAUACUUGGAGACAGCUACUCUACUCCCACUCUGGGACCAAAGAUGGCCGAUUCCGUCGUCUCCGGGCUGGUCGGUACGUUGAUGGACAUGGCUAAAGAGAAGGUGGACUUGUGGUUGGGAGUCCCCGGGGAGAUCCAAAACCUCCAAAGCACUCUCCGCAACAUCCAGUCUGUCCUUCGCGACGCCGAGAAGCGGCGGAUCGAGGACAAGGCCGUCAACGACUGGCUGAUGGAGCUGAAGGAUGUCAUGUACGACGCCGACGACGUCCUCGACGAGUGGCGGACCGCGGCCGAGAAGUGCACCCCGAGAGAGUCCCCUCCGAAGCGGUUCAAAGGCAACAUAUUUUCCAUCUUUGCUGGCUUAAGCGACGAGGUCAAGUUCAGACAUGAGGUGGGCAUCAAAAUCAAGGAUCUCAACGAUCGGCUGGAAGAG